AAAGAACAACUGGAACGUCGAAGUUCUCUUAUCACGAAUUCACGACGGCAUGUCAGCACGGCGCUGAUAAUAACAUCACAGAAUAACAUAAUAAUCACGAUAUAACUCAUAUUAUUAUGAUGUUGGACCGCGUGACCGGGUUACGAUGGGUGCUACGGCGGCAAACGAACCGAAAUCGGAAAUCUCCAAUUAUGUCAAGUUGAACAUCGGUGGGUCGUUAUUUUACACGACUGUGACAACGCUUUCAAAACUCAACUCGAAGCUACGUGAUAUGGUACUGUCGGAAGUUGCACAAAAUGCUGAAACAUUGGAAUCGGAAGGGUGGGUAUUUAUUGAUCGUUGUGGAAAACAUUUUGGCACCAUACUCAACUUCCUGCGAGAUGGUUCCGUACCAUUACCCGAAACAUGUGUGGAGAUAUCCGAGAUACUGGCUGAAACAAAAUUUUAUGGUAUUUCAGAGCUGCACGAGGCAUGUGAACAGGCGUUGCAGAAGAAAAGAAACCGAAAUACAAAUAUAACAUGGGUUACGUUGAUAACGUCCCAGAAUGAAGCCCAAAAACUGAUAUCCGUAUCGUCAAAGCCGGUGGUGAAAUUUGCAAUUAAUCGUCACAACAACAAAUAUUCUUAUACAGGGGCAUCUGACGAUAAUCUGUUGAAAAACAUUGAGCUGUUUGAUAAACUGGCGGAAAAACAUAGAGAACGUGGUCUAUUCAUUAAAGAUGUUAUUGGAUCAAAUGAAAUUUGCUGUUGGACAUUUUAUGGUCCUGGAGGAGCUGUAAAAAAAGUUGCUGAAGUGUGUUGCACUUCAAUAGUGUAUGCUACGGAUAAAAAACACACAAAGGUGGAUUUUCCAGAAACACGUAUCCUGGAAGAGACCAUGAAUGUUAUGCUGUUGGACACACGAAUUAACAAGUCUGUACAGGAACAUGAACUGAUAGAAGCCACUUCAAGUUUAAAUGGUAAUUGUCGUUGCUCGUGUUUAAGUCAAUGGUCAGAUUUACAGUGGGAGAACAGUACAUCCAGCACAUUAGAACACAACUAAAAACUAUGAAACACUAACUUGCAGUGGUAAACUGUUUUGUUGCUGUUAACUUUUAAAUAAUUUGACAUGUGACCAUUUAAAUUUUUUUUAUCGAAAAAGUUUUAACUAAAAACUGUUCCCUCUAAUUUGUUGAUCACUCUAACAAAAUUGAUGUAUAUUAUUUCUUAGUGUGAUCUUGUACAAGUUGUGUUUUUUGAAGGUUGUUAGUCUAUUGAUCUAGAUAACAAGACUCAAACAUAUUAUUAUUAUUUUUAAUAGUUUAAUACGUUAGUUAGGUAUUUUUAAAAAUCUUAUAUUAUUUUCUUAAUUUUUAAACAACUAAAAAAUUAUGAAAGUGUUUAAUCAGAAAUAUCAGAAUAAUUAUUUAAUUAAUGAUAUUAUUUACCUACUACUUUUUAAUUAAAAUCAUAUAAUUUUAAUUUAUAAAUUCAAAUUUAACCACUAAUAUAAUUUAAAGAUAUGUCUCAAAAAAUUUACAAAAUACUCUUAAUAUAUUGGUGUUAUUUAAUUUACAAAAAUAAAAUAUUUUGUUGACGUCCCUAGUAACAUUAACAUCAAAUAAUAAUCAAAACAUUUAUAUGACUGUUCAUUCAAUUUUUUUUAGUUUCCUAAUAUUUCAAAAUCUUAGUACUAUUUAAAAAGGUUUCUUUGAUUGUCAGAUAAUUAAUUUAUAAUAUGGGUACCUAGGUACUUUACAUAACAUUGCUCUUCUUUUUUUUCUGUGAUAAAUAUUAAAUGUUUACUUUCAAUAACUAAGCUGUAUUACUGUAAUACUAUAUAGUUACAGUACAAGGUCUUAUCAUUGAUUUUGGAAUUAUUAAUAUUAUAUAAAAUAGUAUAAUUAUAGUUAUAGUUAUGUAAAAAAUACAUAAAUCAAGAUAUGUGACUGUCUGUAAUAAUUGAAAAAAAUUGAACUGCCUACAUAGCAUAGGCUAUAGCAGCUACAGUUUACAAUUUAUAAAUUUAAAUAUACUAAUAAUUGGUGUAAUAUCUAUUUUUUGUACAAAGGUUAAUUUUUAAUAUAAAUUUUAUUUUUUUCAUAAAUUUA